GCAGCGGGAGCCUGGCGCCUUGCUUUCCGGCUACACAUUUUACUUCAGUUUAUUUCCGGAAGGCUGCUACCCCUGGGCUCAAGUUCCUGAACAUGGGUACUUUCCUGUCCCAGCCUUUUGAGAUUGAUAAGUUCGCCUCGGCUCCUGAGGCCGCCUCUCCCACCAACCGUGCGCCCCUUGAUGCACCCGGAGCCCGGACCUCUCCAGAGGAACCCCCCAUAUUUAAGAACUGCUGGAGCUGUCGCGUGCUCUCCGGGUCGGGGUUGAUAGGGGCGGGCAGUUACGUGUACUGGGUUGCACGGAAGCCAAUGAAGCUGGGAUACCCCCCGAGUCCAGGGACUAUUACACAGAUGGUCAUCGGCAUCAGCAUUGCUUGUUGGGGGGUAGUCAUCCUGACAGACCCCAAGGGGAAGUCCCACCAGUGAAUUUGUCAUGACACACACAGCAGCCAUGGAGCUUAUGGAUGUCUGGACAGACACAUGGACAUUGACAUACUUCAGUUCUGCAGAUACUACAAGACGGAAAAGACAAACAUUAGUUGACGGUCUUUGGCUAUGAGUGUUUGUGGCCUUCUAGGGCUCCACAAGGACCAAUAAAUUCCUCAGAGAACAGAA